CCGUGCCCAAGUUCGCGCCGUAAUGGCUUCAGAUGCGUUCAAGAAGCGCCGUCCACCUGCCAAGGUCACUUGCAAGAAAUCUUCCGCGAUGACAACGUUGUUUGGUCGAUGGCCGGGGGACACGCAAGGGACACCGAAUCGCAUCCAUGGUCGAGGCCUUCCCCACGGUACUGUCUUGGGCAGCUGCCAUGGCGUUGACGGGUACAACUGCAACUACCGCAACAUUCCUGACGACGUCGACGAAGGAUCGCAUUACCUUGAUGGGUUGUACACUGGAGCCAAGUGGCAGUGUGUCGAGUACGCGAGACGGUACUGGAUUAUCAAUCGAGGCCUUUACCUUCCAAGCAUCCCCCACGCGGCACACAUUUGGACCCGCGUGACGCACGUUUCAACUCUCGACAAUCCCCAUCGCCGCGUGGCGCUGCAAAAGCUGCCCAAUUUUGGAACACAUAUGCCAGUUGUGGGAGACCUGCUCGUUUACAAGUCGACGCCUGGCCAGUACGUUGGUCAUGUUGCUGUGGUGGUGGAUGUGCUAGAGAAAAAGCCCGACCGAUGGGUAGUGCAUGUGGCCGAACAAAACCAGUACAACGACCGAAUGUGGAAGGGCGGGCACUACUCGGACGAAUUGACGCUUGACAUUUCCACUCGCGACAACUCGACCAUCUACAGCAUCUCGCACAAGGACGCCGAUUUGGUCUUGCAUGGGUGGAUUCGUCCAGAGUUUGACUGAGUUCAGGGCAGUGUGAGCAUAAUUGACGAUGUCUAUUCCAAGACACGCACGAACUCGGGAUGUCUACGCUGCCUAGGUUGCAAUCGCUUGCUUGUCCGUGGCGGUCGGCACAACCGCCCCACCACCACAACCAAAGAACUGUUGGUUCAAGUUGGUCCAGUUGGCGAUUUU